CGGGGCGCCCCGAGGGCGGCGGAGCUCCGGGCUAAGCGUUUCCUGGUGCUCACGGACGAGCCUCCGAGCCGUGUCUGCAUCGUCGUAGCGCUGGGCGAUUUAGGACCGAAGAAGAAAACACUCUGGAAGGGACUGGCUUGCUUGGAGGGACCUGGGAAAAUGUACAAUAGUUAAAAAGCAAACGAUUUCAAGAUUCCUGACAUUCAAAACAAUAAGACUUUGGCUACGCUGCCUCUAUAUCAAAUCAACUAUGAGUUGGAAUACACAACCACAGAGGGCUUCAUUGCCACCUCAGUAUCGUAAAAUCCAGCCUGCUUUUCCACCACAGUAUGCAGCAAACCAACUUUCUACAUCUCAGAGUUCUUUCAGUUGUCUUUCGAGUAACCAAGAAGCCUGCAUGUAUCUCAGUAAUUCAAAUACAGUGUCACAGCCACUGCCGAAUGUCAGAAAUUACAACAUUCCUCUUCAAAUCCCUGCUUCUAAUUUGCCAAACAGGUCAGUGGUGGCCUCCCAGACUAUAGAAAGAACAGUAUAUGCAAAUGCUAAAGGACCCAUGAAGGCAAAUCAGAAUUUGCAGGUGCCUUCAGGAGUUACCCAAAACCUGAGGUGGAAGUCAUUGAUGAUGAAUUCCACACCUUCUCAUAUGGAGGCAACGACGUCUCGUCACAGUCACUUUGGAACUAAUCCAGCUAAUUCGCAUGCACUGCAGAGUCAACGUGUAGCACCAGACACCUACUCUGUGCAAUUACAGGUGAUGCAGGAUUCUCCAAGAGUUCCUGUAGCUUUACAGGGAAGUCAAGGAUCGAACCAGUCAUUAUCAAAUCAACAGGUUGAUUGGGCCCAACAGCGUGCAUCUGAUGAACUCCCUUACCCAGAUCACAGACCACUUCCAAAGCAACACUUUUACUCAGCGCAAAGCUUUCUGCAAGAUCCCAGUGUUCACAAUAAAAUCCUUAUGUCAUCAGCACCGUCACAGAUCACACAUAAUCAGCUCCCAGCUUCUGUCCAGUCAAACCAGUCUGCGGCGAUAUUGUAUCAAUACACACUACAAGCCAGCACGAAACCCCCUCCUCCUCCUCCUUACGACUGCAGAUAUGGAAACCAGCCCUUGCAAGGUGCGCAACAUGUCACCAAACACUUGUCUGUGGACGUUCUUCAGGGUCCACAGAUACAUUCUUCUGAAGUAAAGAAAGACUUCUUCCCAGGUUUUCAGCCACAGUGGCAAAGCACUAAUGAGAAUGUCGUACCAUUUGGAAAUUCAUGUGAUGUAAAAACAGAUGCUAGUGUCAAACAGCCUUUUAUGGAGCCAGCUAGAUCUGUGGAUGGUGUUCAGACUCUUUCUCAAAAUAAUCAAGAGAAAAAAAUGGAUUCUUAUAAUCCACCUUCAAAUCAAGGGACGGACCCAGCUGUUACAAAAGAAAAGCUAGCAAGAGAUAUUAAAUCAUUAAUGGAAAUUAAAAAGAAGUUUUCAGAACUUGCAAGGAAAAUUAAAAUUAAUAAAGAUCUCUUGAUGGCAGCAGGUUGUAAACCAAAUAAUAGUUUGUCCAGUGAGCCAGCUCAGCAUCCUGAAUUCUCAAAGGAAAUACCUGCCAAAGGUCACUGUCCUGCGGAAUUGGUAAAAACAUGUCUUAAUCUUUGGAAAAAUCAACCCUCAAAAGUGACAGAAGAAAAACCUUCAAAAUCUGGUGAGGAAAAACAUGCUAAUGAGUCGACACACAUAUCGGCUGGAAUUUCAAAGCCUUUGGAAUUUCCCAUCCAGAAUCCUUGUUCAGCAGAGAGAAAUCCUCAGAACAAAAUGGAAAAUGCAUUGCAGGAAGCAGCUUUGUCCAUGCUAGUGCAGAAUUAUGAGCCUUCCUGUGCAAAUGUAACAAAGGGAACAGAACUCCAGAUCGCUGUAGUGUCGCCUUUAAUUCUUUCAAAUGUCAUCAAAGAAAUAACACCUGAAGCUCUACCUGAAACCAUGUAUCCUGUUAUUAAAGAAGGCAGCAUUUGUAGCUUACAAAAUCAGCUGGCAGAAAAUGCAGCGGUAACUGCUGCUUUGAAAGUGGAUGUUAGCAAGCCAGUGAUGGGUUCUAUGACGUCAGCCAGGGUUUUUCCUCUAAUUCAGAAGGAAAAGCAAAAUGAUACAAAUAAUGGUGAUUCACAAAACACACCCGGUAUCCAUAAAGAACAGUGUUGUCAGCUAAAUGGUCCACAACCCUUGUCUAAACCAAAGGACAGAAUUCUUGUGGCUGGUGAUUUAUUACAAAUAGAAGAUAUUUGCUCUCUUGUUGAAGGGGAUGUAUCUUACAAUUCCAAGAUCGCAGAGAUGUUUAACUCCUCUCUGGAAAAUGUUGAGCCACAGAAACUUUCUCUACCCAAUGAACAAGCAAUUAGUACCGGACACCAAGAAGAACAAGUAGGACAAGCCACUGAAAGUAAAGACUUGGGUCUUCAGAAUAAUGAAUAUACAAGGUGCCCAGACUUCCCAUGUGAAAUAGCUCCUGUGAGGGAAGAACCACCGAAGCUUGUGGGAUCAUCGUCUGAGCCUGUUGAACCAGGAAUUCUAGAGGAGAGCGAUUUGGGGAAAACCACUAAAAAUGAGGGCAUAGCCAAGAACUCUCAUUACUCACCACCUGCUGUUCUUCAGCAGGAUUUUAAUUCUGGGGACAUCAACACUUCUGGAGAUGACGCUGUCCAAGGCCCUGCAGCAAGUGAGCUUCAUGAUGAUAAUACAUCUGUCUUAUACAUACAUGACCAGCUGUCGGAACUUUUAAAGGAGUUCCCUUACGGCAUUGAAGGUCUGAAUGAAUGUAAGAGUUUUGCGAGCCAAAAGAAGUUGGAACAGAUCCCAGAAGAUCAGACUGGUGGUAAAAUCAGUUGUGACCCUAAGGAACCUACAGACCAAAUAAAAAUUACAAUUCUAAGCUCAGAACAAAUGAAAGAAUUAUUUCCUGAACAGGAUGAAUCCAGUGGAGACAGACUGCCACCCCCUAAGUUGGACAAGUUGGCAGAAACUCAGAAGAAAAAGCAUGUUGCAGAAGUUGGGAGCCAGUGUGACCCACGAACUCAGGAGGAAGGAGAAAGUCCAGAUUCUGUAGUGGACACAGACAACAUCCAUUGCUGUGCGUUGGGCUGGCUCGCAAUGAUUUAUGAAGGGGUCCCCAAGUGUCGGUGUAAUGCUGUGGAGGGGAAGAGGGAGGAGCAGCUGGUUCCAGUGGAAAGCAGCAGUUGUAAACAAAGACCUGAGCAAGGGCCACAGACCUCAGGUGCAGAUCUCACUAUUGUUAAACUUGAUAGUGUUUCCAAUAAUCCAAAGACGCCUGUGACUGAUGAGAAAACACAUUUGCCUAAAAUACAUGGCAACAACACAAAAGAUUCAUCUAAAACUAGGAAGGAUGAUACGAAAAGGAGGAGACAGGAGCUACCUGGUGAGGUUCCACCUAAAUGGAAAAGCAGUGAUAAAAAAGACACAUCCAAAAUGAAACAGGGAGCAUCAGCGAAUAUGGGACAAGAAUUAACUGGCCAGUUUUCAUCUAAACGUAAUGAACCAGACCCCUUGCAAAGGAAUAAGAAACUAAAACUAAAAUUUCAUGAGGUAAAAUUCCAGUCUAGUGAUAAAAUAACAUUUUCUGACCCAGUUUCUCAGGAGGGUCCAGAGAAGAAAUGCACACCACAGAACUCAUGCCAAUUAAAUCCCAAAACAGGUCUUCUCCCAAAUAAAGGUCUGAAAAGGGAGAAUAACUCUUUUGUACAGUCUUCAUCUCAAGAAAAGAAAAAAUUGAAAUUCAAAGAAAGCCCCCAAGAAAGACAUUUGGAGAAAAGAAAGAUAGACCAAGGGGAAAGACUAGAUUUGGAGAUAAAAAAGAAGAAAUGUAGUGAACAAGAACAGAGUAAAAAUGCAGGAGUUACAAUUAAAUUAUGUAAUAUUUUGCCAAACCCAAAUGAGAAAGCCAUUACUAAAGAAAAUUUGACAUCAAAAGCAAAGUCCUUGGAAGUCAAUGACGCAAGGGGCACAGCCACUGUUAAGGAAAAGACAGCAUCGCAGACGAAGUCCACAGACUCCAAAGACAUAAAUGAAACAACUAGUCUUAAAGAUAAGGCAGCAUCACUGGCAAAAUCCUCAGGAACCAAGGAUGGUUCAUGUAAGGUUAAAAAAGUGAUCACACUGCAGGAGUAUUUUCAGAGGAAGAAGCAAAAAGAAAUCACUAAAACAGCCAAGAAAACCUGCUUGGAAAAUGUCUUGGGCAAUUCUGCUCCCUCGGGCUCCGUUCAACUUAGUGCACAAGCAGAGAGUUGCAGAAAAUCAAAUGGUAAAGGUGACAGCGGCAUAGAGACCUUGAAAGACGCCUCCAAGGUCAAUACUAACCCUGGUAAAAACCUUAAAGCCCACCCUCCUGAGGAGUCUAAGGCAUGCAACCUUUCGAGGUCUGUUGAAGGGAGAGCCGAUGCGAAGCAGCUGAUUAAAACCAAAUUAGAUAAAACACUAAGCAGCGUAAGCAGUGAAGUCUCUUCCCAAGGGAAGGAACAAAGGAAGUCAUACCUGAACCGCCUGAGCUUCAGGUGCACAGAACGCGAGAGCAUCUGUCUCACCACACUCAGCAGCUCCCUGGCAAAGCUUGGGAAAGACAAGAAGAGUCAGGAACAAAAGCCCAAGGCCUCUCUCCCAGGGAAAGACUCCACUGUGAAACCAGGCAUGCUGGAGUUUAAAUUAUGCCCAGAUGUAAUGUUGAAGAACACAAACUCUGUCGAAGACAAGUAUGAUCUCAGGGCUCAUCCUGAGGCACAGGCUGCCACACAAGUUUCAGGAAUAAAAUGUUCAAGAAAAGACUGGAUAAAAUGCGUAACUGAGAAGAAAACAAUGCAGGAAGCCAGCCCAGAAAUAGGUGUUAAUUCAAGACUGCUACAGAGAAGCGCCAGCGCAGAUGGACGAGAAGUGCAGCAGAACCAGGUGAAAGACUCCCGGGCCAUGUUCCAGACCUACAAGCAGCUGUACCUGCAGAAGCGUGGCAGGAGCUUGGGCAGCAGCCCCGUCCAGUGACCCUGGUUCACGCUUUCCUUGUGACUGGGGACUUCCUGUCAUUUCCUCCUCAGAAUCACUUCUGGGAAUAACUCAAGAUUGCCAGCAGAGACAUCCUGAGACUGGUUACCAUUAGGUUAUGUGUUUUGUUGAUCUUUACCUGACAGCGCUCUGGGCUGGCACACGUAAGAAAUGGAUGGUGUUUGCUGGGCAAGCCGUAAGGUAUUUGAUUCUCCUGUAUUGGGAAGCACAUUUACAGGUAUUUUCAUAAGGCUUUGUACACAUCAUAUUUGAAAAUGCUGACUGCCGUUGGAAGGAGUACUGCUCCUCACUUGAGGGCUUGUUUGUUUAACUGAGUUUGUAAAUACAUUUUUAUUUCUAAGCUACAUUCUCAAUAAAAUUUAUUUUUUCAGACAUACCCACUGUGUAUAUCAAAGUAUAUUCUUAAGCAUUUUGUACCUAGUCUUGUUUUAUACUUGUUAACCUGAACGCAACUUUUGGAUAAUAUUGUAA